GGAGCCGAGUGCCGACGGGUCGAUGGGCGGAGGAUAAAUGUCUCGCUGAGUGUGAGGCCGCCAUUUUAGAUGAGGAACGAAAGGAACGGCGCCGAGUGGCACAAGAGCCUGGGGGGAGCCGCCGGGAGGGAGUGACAUCGGUAAACCCUAAGGCUACAAUUAAUCAUAAAAACGGUAUGGAGCUGUAUGUAUAUUCAUGCAAUGGAUGACUGAUUAAUAUGAUGAUGUACUUCAUCCUUUUGUCAUAGGACUUCAUCUGCUUAAAGAAAAACUAAAGACUGCGUCAAUGGAGCACAUUCAGGGAGCUUGGAAGACUAUCAGUAAUGGUUUUGGACUCAAGGAUUCUGUCUUUGAUGGCCCAAACUGUAUCUCACCUACUAUCGUCCAGCAGUUUGGUUACCAACGCCGAGCAUCUGAUGAUGGCAAAAUAUCAGAUACUUCCAAAACUAGUAACACUAUUCGUGUUUUCUUGCCCAACAAGCAGCGCACCGUGGUGAAUGUGCGGAAUGGGAUGACCUUACAUGACUGUCUUAUGAAGGCACUUAAAGUAAGAGGUCUGCAGCCAGAAUGCUGUGCGGUUUUUCGACUUCUUACGGAACCAAAAGGAAAAAAAGUGCGUUUGGAUUGGAAUACAGAUGCUGCCUCCUUGAUUGGAGAGGAACUGCAAGUGGACUUUCUUGAUCAUGUUCCGCUCACCACACACAAUUUUGCUCGGAAGACGUUUCUAAAGCUUGCUUUCUGUGACAUCUGUCAGAAGUUCCUGCUAAAUGGGUUUCGGUGUCAGACAUGCGGUUAUAAAUUCCACGAACACUGCAGCACCAAAGUUCCAACCAUGUGUGUCGACUGGAGCAAUAUCAGGCAACUCUUAUUGUUCCCAAAUUCAAAUAUCAGUGACAGUGGUGUCCCUGCACUACCUCCCUUGACAAUGAGACGGAUGCGGGAGUCUGUCUCCCGGAUACCUGUUAGUUCCCAGCACAGGUAUUCCACACCUCAUGCCUUCACAUUCAACACAUCAAACCCUUCCUCUGAGGGCUCCCUUUCCCAAAGACAGCGAUCUACGUCCACACCAAAUGUCCACAUGGUCAGCACUACGAUGCCUGUAGACAACCGGAUAAUCGAGAAUAACAGCCUGAAUGCUUCUCCCAGUUCCUGGUGCAGACGAUUUUGUUUGAGGGGAAGAGAUGCAAUUCGAAGCCAUAGUGAAUCAGCUUCACCCUCUGCUCUGUCUGGAAGUCCUAACAAUAUGAGCCCCACUGGCUGGUCUCAGCCCAAAACCCCAGUCCCAGCCCAAAGAGAGAGAGCCCCUGCAUCCAAUACACAAGAAAAAAACAAAAUCAGGCCUCGUGGACAGAGAGAUUCCAGUUAUUACUGGGAAAUCGAAGCAAGCGAAGUCAUGCUCUCCACCAGAAUAGGGUCGGGUUCCUUUGGAACGGUUUACAAAGGCAAAUGGCAUGGGGAUGUAGCAGUGAAGAUACUAAAGGUUGUCGAUCCAACCCCAGAACAGUUCCAGGCUUUCAGAAAUGAAGUGGCUGUAUUAAGGAAGACUCGGCAUGUUAAUAUUUUGCUCUUCAUGGGCUACAUGACUAAAGACAACCUGGCCAUCGUCACGCAGUGGUGCGAAGGAAGCAGUUUGUAUAAACACCUGCACGUCCAGGAGACCAAGUUCCAGAUGUUCCAGCUCAUUGACAUCGCUCGGCAGACAGCACAGGGCAUGGACUAUUUACAUGCGAAGAACAUCAUCCACAGAGACAUGAAAUCCAAUAAUAUAUUUCUUCAUGAAGGCCUCACAGUGAAAAUAGGAGACUUUGGGCUGGCGACGGUGAAGUCGCGGUGGAGCGGAUCUCAGCAGGUGGAGCAGCCGACCGGCUCGAUCCUGUGGAUGGCACCGGAAGUGAUUCGGAUGCAGGACAGUAACCCGUUUAGUUUCCAGUCAGAUGUCUACUCCUAUGGAAUAGUAUUAUAUGAACUUAUGACGGGCGAGCUGCCGUACUCCCACAUUAACAACCGAGAUCAGAUCAUUUUCAUGGUGGGCCGAGGGUAUGCGUCUCCAGACCUCAGCAAACUCUACAAGAACUGCCCCAAGGCCAUGAAGCGGCUCGUAGCAGAUUGUUUGAAGAAAGUCAGGGAAGAACGACCUCUGUUUCCACAAAUACUGUCGUCCAUUGAACUGUUGCAACAUUCUUUACCCAAAAUCAACCGGAGUGCUUCGGAGCCCUCCCUGCACCGCGCUGCCCACACAGAGGACAUCAACUCCUGCACAUUAACGUCCACGAGACUGCCCGUGUUUUAGGCUGGCGCUCCCUUCCCUUGUUCUCGACAGCGACGGGGAAGGACAGCAGGACAGAAGUUGUGCGUGUGAUGCCUCCGUGUCCAGGAUCAGUGCCCGCAGAUCAGCUGCGGCCCAUGCUGAACAACAAGCUGCUAAGGAUUCCUGCAGUUCUCCUGCAGGGCCACAGCUCCACCUUGCCUUUUUCUACCGUCUCUUUUACUGGGGUAGUUAACAGACUGUAAAUCAAGAGAUCUAUUACUAUUUUUUUAAUAGAUGCACUUGAGCCUUAUUUUUCCCCAUACACAGAAGCGAUGGAUGGUUCUUCGGCAGCGUUUCUGGAUUGGAAUCUGGCGGUGAAUUGGUGUUUUUUACUUGCCUAGGUGGCCAAGGCAAGAUGAUGGCUGUGGGAGAGUUUGCCCUGACACGGGGAACCGCAAACACGGCUGAGGGAAGAGGAAAAACAAACAAAAACCAACUUUCUGGAAAUCAGCUCCUGCCUAAGAGCUUUCAUCAAGCCAAUGAAAUAAGUUCAAAUGCUAAUUCAACACAAAAUAGUUUUGCACAUAGAAGAAAAACUCUUGCAAAAGAAAGGAAUCUGUUUGGAGCUGUACUGCUCGGAGAAGGAAGCUACGCCAGGCUCGCUAUGGGCACCCGCAGUAACUUCAGCAGCUUAUUUUGGUACUAGUGACUUGUUCCUUGCGGCCCAGAGCGGCAGGAGGCGCGAACCGCGGGCUCCGGGGGCCGAGGCGAGUGGACGUGAUCCGGAUACUUGUGCAAAAACGAGCGGAGUCUUCGUCCCACCGGGAGCUGUCGUCCGAGAGAUGCACUAGCCAGAGGAAACUGAGUGUAUACAGUUUUUCUUGCUGAUUUGGGUUUUAAUUUUGUUUUUAUUGCUCCUGAGAAAAUGCAUUUAUUGUAAGCCAAGGUUCCUCUGAUUAUCUUAUUUUAAUAAAAUAAAUUAAAUUUUA